AUGGAGAGGUUAGAGUUGAAAGAGGUUCAGAAACUCGAAGGUCACACCGAUAGGGUUUGGAGCUUGGAUUGGAAUCCGGCCACUGGUCAUGCCGGUGUUCCGCUCGUUUUCGCUUCUUGCAGCGGCGAUAAAACCGUUCGAAUCUGGGAACAGAACCUCUCCAAUAGCCUCUUCUCAUGCAAGCCAGGCAAUGAGUUUGAGUGUGUCUUAGUGCUGCAAGGACAUACUCAGGAUGUGAAAAUGGUGAGACACUGUGGCGAUCACACAUUUGUCUUUGGUAAUCAAGACACGACCGUGUGUGGAAAUAAUGAAACUAAAACAAGUAGUAAUGUUUAUGAAGCGAAUGUUUAUGAAUUGCUGAGGAAUUUGAGUGUGUUGGCGCCGAAAAACGGUGGAUUUUCUGUUGGGUUUGUUGAGAGGAAGAAUGUAACGGUGUAUGGUUUGGCUCAGUGUUGGAAGUUUGUUACUGGUGGUAACUGUCGGAGAUGUUUGGAGGAUGCGGUUACUAGGAUUGGUUCUUCGUGUAGGAAGAAAGAAGAUGGACGGGCUUUGAAUUCUGGUUGUUAUUUGAGGCAUUCACCACACAAGUUCUAUAACAAUUCAAGUAGUAAUGAUGUUGCUGCUGGAAAUCGCGGACACCGAAAAAUGGCUAUAAUAUUGGCUGCAUCUUCUGCUGUCUUGGCUCUUCUUUUGGUUACUGCAACAAUGGGUUUCUUUAUAAGAAAGAAUGUAAUGAGGAAAAGAAGAGAGAGAAAACAAUUUGGGACACUUUUGGAUACAGUGAAUAAAUCCAAGCUAAAUGUUCCAUAUGAAAUUCUUGAAAAAGCAACAAAUUACUUCAAUGAUGACAAUAAGCUAGGACAAGGAGGAUCAGGUUCAGUUUAUAAAGGAGUUAUGCCAGAUGGUAAUACUGUGGCUGUUAAAAGGCUUAGUUUUAACUCGACGCAAUGGGUGGAUCAUUUCUUCAAUGAGGUUAAUUUGAUUAGUGGAGUUCAUCACAAAAAUGAUGAGAGAAGAAAGAAUACUUACACGUCGGAGUCACUCCGCCAACGCUUCAAUCGUGAUUCAGUCAAACUGUUCGACGAAAUGUGUCAUAGAGAUUUAGUUUCUUGGUCUACUUUAAUUGGUUGUUUUGUUAAUAACAACCUUCCUGCUGAAGCUAUUUCGAUUUUCCAACAUAUGCAGCUCGAUCACCCGGACAUUGUGAGUUCCAUUGAUGGGGUUAUCAUGCUGAGUGUUUUAUCUGCGGUUUCGAGGUUGGGUGUGCUUGAAUUAGGUAUCUGUGUUCAUUCUUUUAUUUCCAGGAUGCAGCUUUUCAUUACUGCUUCAUUGGGUGCUGCUCUUAUUAAUAUGUACUCUAGAUGUGGGUCCAUUGAUCGUUCUGUUAAGGUGUUCGAUGAAAUGCCUCAUAGAAAUGUGGUUACUUGGACUGCAUUGAUUAAUGGGCUUGUUGUUCAUGGACGGAGUAAGGAAGCUUUGAAAGCGUUUUAUGACAUGAAGGAGUCUGGUUUGAAGCCUGACCGGACUUCAUUUAUAGGUGUGUUGGUGGCUUGUAGUCAUGGUGGUCUUGUGGAGGAUGGUUGGAGGAUUUUUGAAAGCAUGACGAAUGAGUUUGGAAUUGAACCGAUGCUUGAGCAUUAUGGUUGUAUGGUUGACCUUCUCGGUCGUGCGGGGCUUCUUGUUGAAGCUUUUGAGUUUGUGGAGAAAAUGCCUGUGAAACCAAACUCGGUUAUUUGGAGGACUUUGCUUGGGGCGUGUGUGAACCAUAACCAUCUUUUGUUGGCUGAAAAGGCCAGAAUUGCCAAGGAGCCUGGCCUUAGUUUUAUCCAUAUUGAUCAAAUGGUUCAUGAGUUUGUCUCUGGUGAUCAUUCUCAUCCACAAUGGGAGAAGAUUACAAAUUUUUUAGUUUCAGUUAUAGAUACUUUAAAACUUGGAGGUUACACCCCUAAUACUUCGUCUGUGUUACAUGAUAUUCAAGAGGAAGAGAAAGAGCAUUGUGUGGGUUAUCAUAGUGAGAAAUUGGCAGUGGCUUUUGUGCUUCUUUAUCGUAGGGAUAGAAAGGCCAUUAGGGUCAUUAAGAAUCUUAGAAUCUGUAAUGAUUGUCAUGACUUCAUGAAGCAUGUUUCGGGUAUCUUAAAGUAG